AUGGAUGAGUCAAUAGAAGUUCGGACUGAUGGAAAUUCUCUGCUGAGGGCCGUCUAUUUGUGUCGCCUGCGUCUGACUCGCCUCCUCUUAGAGGGAGGGGCCUACAUAAACGAAAGUAAUGAACAAGGCGAGACUCCACUGAUGGUGGCCUGCAAGACAUGCCACACGGAUUCACAGAGUGUACCAAAACCCAAGAUGGUUCGGUAUGUUAUUUUAGCAUACACAAUUGAUUAUUGAAGGCAUUUUUGGUGUGUAUUACCUGCUUUUACAUUUGUAGUUUCCCAUUUUGUAAAUGUCAUCUUCACCCCCAACAGGUAUCUUCUAGAAAAUGGUGCUGAUCCAAACAUCCAAGACAAGACAGGGAAAACAGCUCUGAUGCAUGCAUGCCUGGAACAAGCUGGAGCAGAAAUUCUGUCUCUCCUGUUGAGCAGUGGAGCUGAUCCCACUCUGGAGGAUCAUGCAGGUUUGUCGGCAUUGGUGUAUGCUGUCAAUUCUGGAAACAGCAGCAUCUUGAGGGUCCUCAUGGAUGCCUGUAAAGCCAAAGGUAAGGAGGUGAUCAUCAUCACCACCAACAAACUGCCAUCAGGUCAUCAGAUGACAAAGCAGUACCUCAAUGUCCCCCCACUUCCUGACCUCGAGGAGCGAAUGCAUUACACCCCAACAUCUUGCAUGUGGCCGUAUGAGUUCCAGCUACGAACUCCUCCUCAGGGCUCCUCAGCAAGUGCUUCCCCUCAGCCUGGCAGCCCUCUACUUGGGCUCAGGGAUCCCCAGUGUUUCCAAUCAGGACCUGGCUUGAUCACAUCACGUCCAAAUUCUCCAAUCCAACAUCCUAGUCCAUUACGUAUCCCGGGGGUGGAAAAGCGACUUAAUCUUCAGAGGCUGCAGUCUGAACCCUGGUCCAAAAGUCCUUCCCUAUUACUUCAGCAGAGCCAGGCCUCCUCUUUGACGGAGGAACCAUCAGAAAUAACACCCGAGGAAGAGCUGUCAUUCAGAGUCAACAACUUUGCCUUCCAUGGUCGACCUCCAGUUGUUUCUCGCCAUCACAGCAUUGAUGUCAAAGACUCAUCGGGGCUUUUAAGAGCACUAGAAAUAUCAGGAAAUGAGAUGAAGAUAGGGGCUGGAAGAAGAGUCUUUGGUAGGAAGAUGUCAUAUGACAGUGCUGCAAGCUCACCACAUUCUGCCUCCCACCCAAACCUGCUCCAAGACACUUUGCAGAACGUGGUCCGUCAGAGGAAUAUUGGCAUCAACCAUUAUAGUUCUGAUUCUCAGUUACCACAGUUUGGCAGCCAGCAUAACAGCUCCAAGAAUGUUUGUGGAACCAAGGCAGAACCAGAGAGGAACAAGCUAGUCAGCAGCGGGUCGUCUACUCUGUCAGGAUCCAAGGAGUCCUUGGAGAGCUUUGUCCCAAGACGAGGUGCAACAGGGCUGGAGCGAAGAGGUUCAGGUGCCCUUCUGCUGGAUCAUAUUUCCCACACUCGCCCUGGAUAUCUCCCUCCUCUGAAUCCUCAUGCUCCUAUACCAGAUAUUGGGGUCAGCUCUAGUGCUUCCUACCCAUUGAGUGGAAGUAGCAAGACAUUAAAUAAUGUUUUUACAGGGUCAAAGCCCUUCCUGCCCUGUGCACCUAUUUACCCAAGAGAUCCGCAAUCCAAGAAAAUGCUGUGGAGGCGACACUCAAUGCAGAGCGAGCAGAUUAAGCAACUGGCCAACUUUAAGGAAACUUUUGGCCACUAA